AUGGCGGCCACGAGCUCUGCGGCGCUCUUCUCCGUCCUCCCCCUCCCCACAGCCACCCCGGUCUCCGCCCGGGCAGGCAGCAGCCUUUGCAGGCCGACGCGCUCAGCCGCGGCCGUCUCCCCCAUCAGAUGCUCCGCAGCCUCGCCCGACCUGUCGCCCGGCGCUCCGGCGCCGGCGCCGCCCAAGCCCCAAAUCGAGCUCGAGUUCGUCGGGCCUAAGCCGGGCGCCGACGGGUCGUACCCGGUGGACAGGGCGGCGGCGGUGAGCGGCGACAAGCUCCUCCGGGACGUCAUGCUUGAGAACAAGCUCGAGCUCUACGCGGCAUACGUGAGGGAAGCUGAUGAACUGCGGCGGCGGGGGCAGCUGCGGCACCUGCCUCGUCGAGAGUGUGAACCUUGUGCGCAGAUAAUCGACGGGAAGGAGCUGCUGAGCCCAAGGACCGACGCCGAGAAUCGUUACCUGAAGAAGAGGAUCUGCCAAUUAACCGUGCACUCUGCAUCUCGUUGCCUUUGCCAGAAACCGGAGUCGUGGAGGCUCACCUGCCAGACGAUCGUCGGGAACAAGGAGAACUCCGGCAAGGCAUGA